CACCAUGUGAAGAGACUCGGAGCACCUGCGGCUCGCUCCGAACCGAUUAUCCGAGCAGAUGCGAGCGCGCUCUCCGCGAUGAGCGCACUUGGCUCCCCGCCCGCCGACCUCCCAGCGCGGCUCUGCAACCAGAACCAGAACCCAAACGCUGCACUCACUCACAGCACGACCGUCGGGAUGUGACCACCCCAAAGUUCCAGGUGAGACCCGGGGAGAUGUUCAGUCCAGGCACUGGACGCUGAAGCUCGACACGCACUCGACGAGAAGAGCCUGGAGUACCACUCGCCUCGUCUCCCACUCGGCCCAGAACAGUGCUUUGCAAUCCCAGCAUUUGUUCCAACAUGCUCAAAAUUUGGGUCCUAAGUGAAAUUUUUGUCACAUGGGAGCACACAAAGCACGCCCAUGUGUCUGACAGUGUUUUGUAAUAUCAGUAUUAAUGUUACAAACAUUUAUGAGAUGGAUUACCUGAUUCCGGUGCAGUGGUCUUUAUUUGCAUAAAUAAUUUUCACGAGCAUUCCAAAAGCCUCGCCAACAUAAUGGCUCAUUUCUGUCAGGCGUCAUCAUUCAAGCCAUGUUUUGGCAAGAUGGACUUGAUGUGAUCAUUUCUCUGAUGGUUUCCACGAGAAUGUCAUGAUGCCGCUUUUUUUCUCGUAACCAGCGGUGAGCGAAGUGUCAGAGCUGAUGGGUCCUCUGCCGGACAACAUGAGCCCAGCUUCUCUGAGCCAGAACUGCUCCAACUGCAGCCACAUUCUGGCCCCGGGGCUCAGCAUGGUGAAAACGGUGGCCCUGGGCACGAUUCUCGGCGUCUUCAUCCUGUUUGGAGUUAUCGGAAACAUCCUCGUGAUCCUUUCGGUGGUUUGUCAUCGACACCUGCGGACCGUCACGCAUUAUUUCAUAGUCAACCUGGCCGUGGCCGACUUGCUGCUGAGCUCCACCGUGCUGCCCUUCUCGGCCAUUUUUGAGAUCCUGGAUCGUUGGGUGUUUGGACGGGUUUUUUGUAACGUCUGGGCAGCCGUGGACGUGCUCUGCUGCACGGCCUCCAUCAUGAGCCUCUGCGUCAUCUCCGUGGACCGCUACAUCGGCGUCAGCUACCCUCUGCGUUACCCUUCCAUCGUGACGAAACGCAGGGCUCUGCUGGCGGUGAUGCUGCUGUGGGCACUCUCUGUCGUCAUAUCCAUCGGACCUCUGUUCGGCUGGAAGGAGCCGGAACCGGAGGACGAGUCCAUCUGCAAGAUCACAGAGGAGCCGGGAUAUGCAAUCUUCUCAGCUGUGGGCUCCUUCUAUCUUCCGCUGACCAUCAUACUGGUCAUGUACUGUCGGGUUUACGUUGUCGCUCACCGAGAGAGCCAGGGCCUGAGGGAGGGCCACAAGACAGAGAAGUCCGACUCGGAGCAAGUGAUUCUCAGGAUGCAUCGUGGAAACACCACUGUAUCGGAGGACGAGGCCCUUCGCAGCCGCACUCAUUUCGCCUUGCGGCUCCUCAAGUUCUCACGCGAGAAGAAGGCGGCCAAGACUCUGGGGAUUGUGGUGGGCUGCUUCAUCUUGUGCUGGCUGCCCUUUUUCCUGGUUCUUCCAAUCGGUUCCAUAUUCCCUGCUUACAGACCUUCAGACACUGUCUUCAAGAUCACCUUCUGGCUCGGUUACUUCAACAGCUGCAUCAACCCCAUCAUCUACCCAUGCUCCAACCAGGAGUUCAAAAAAGCUUUCCAGAGUUUACUGGGAGUUCACUGUUUGAGGAUGGCUCCCCGGACGCACCACCACCAUCAUCUGAGUGCAAGUCAGAGUCAGACUCAGGGCCAGAGCCAGGCCCUCACGCUGAGCCUGGACAGCAGGGGGGCUUCCUGCAGACUCAGCCCCUCCUCGUCCAUAGCUCUGUCCAGAACUCCUUCCUCCAGAGACAGCAGGGAGUGGAAAGUGUUUUCUGAAGGCCACGUCAACGGCAGAGCUGGGCAAGCCAAAACGAGCGGAGCGAAAGUGGCCAAGCUCUGCAACAAAAACUUCCAACGGACCUGCUGCUGCAUCCUCAGAGCUGGGGGUCCCCCUCAGGAGCCCCCUCCGAUCACACAGCUUCCAACGAUUAAAAUCCACCAGUUGUCCCUGUCGGAAAAAGGAGAUGCUGUAUAAUCACUGUAAUCGUUCAUGCAUUAUUUAUUACUUUUCUUUAAGGUCAAGAACGGAAUUUUUUUGUGUCAGCUUCAAGAAUGAAAUUUCAAAUACCUCAGCUUUAUUAUUUUUUUUACCACAUGUAUUAUUUACACACUAUGUGAGUUUAAAAGGAUGAACAAAAUUACAAAUGUUUACAAUUUAAAUGUAUAAAAAAGUUUUAUUAUUUUUAAUGGCCGCAGAAGUAUUAAAUAUUUUGGUUUUCCAUGUUUGCUUAUUGUGAUAAAGCUGUGUACUGCUCUUUUCUAUAGUACACACUACAAACUGCUGGGUUCAAAACAAUCCAAUGUGGGUCAAAUUUGGACCAAGUCAUCCCUGAAUAGUUUCAACUCAGCAAGUUAUUAAUGUGAUCUACCAUACCCAGUUAAGCUUUCAACCUGUAAUUUGAGUUUAAGUGAUUAAAUUGUUUAAUUAGAGCACGUGUCAAACUCGAGGCCCAUGGGCCAAAUGUGGCCAUGGAUGACUCCCGUCAAUAUGACGCCUACAUAUUAGGGGUGUCCCAAUACCAGUUUUUUCAAGACUGAGUACAAGUACGAGUACUUCAGUUUAGGUACUCACCGA